AUGUCGACGCUAUUACCAUAUUUGGAAUUCACACUUUUUUUGAUCAUCCCCGUUUCUAAGACUACCGCAGGCUUCAAAAGUUGCCGUGCCGAUAUUUCAUAUAAAAAUCACGCGCUUGUUGGACACGCAUUGCAGACCCUAAAGAAUAAGCGUUUUGAGAGCUGUACAUAUUCUUGUGAGCUAGAUUUGCAGUGCUUCAGUGUCAAUUACGUACCAACACUCAAAACCUGCCAGUUAAAUAACGCUUCCAAAAGUUUUUUUCCUGGCGACUUUGUAAAACAAAAAGGAACGAUCUAUAUGGAAAUGGUGAUUCGCGAGUAUCACCCUUGUAACAGCAUGCGCUGUGAGAAUGGAGGAACGUGUGUCACUAGACCGACUGUGAUGUGCCGGUGUCAUGCCAGAUUCAGCGGACUUCAUUGUGAAAGUAAGAAGAUUUCCUUGUUAAAGUAGGUUAAAUUCUCUUGUCUUAAAUGACAAAUCUUGGGAAAUUUCGAAUCGGUAAUUGGCCGCCCUUAUUUAAUGAAUGAUUCAGUAGCUAACAUUUCCACCUCUCAUGAUAGCGUGAAUAGAGUUUCGCCAGAGUAACGGCUGCACCUUUUUGCUUAGAGUUUAAGUAAGCCUAUUGGAUAGUUUGCGUCUUAGAAUUCCUUUAUACCAGAAAAAAUGACCCGCGGGUAGAAGGAUCACCCGCCUUGCCACUGAUACCCUGGGCGGGCCAACAUUUCAUACAUUUCCUUACAAAACGUGGUGAACCGUUUACAUGAGAAACAAGAAGAAGAAGCAAGGUUCACCCUCUUAACUGUGCUCGCCUGCGAGCAGGCUCCCCGGGGCGCUCCGGCGGCUGGGAGGGAAAAGAAAGGAGAGCUUGCAACUCCGUCUCUGGAAUUUGAAUCCCACCUCCAAUUCCCCUGUUGCUCCUCGUCGACUGAGCUGUCAGAUUUCCGCUAAACAGCGCGAAACGGAAACUAGCGCGAAUGUAAACAAACAUUAAAAAACACGGGCUAAGGGUAAUGACGUCAUUAAUGAUGUCAUCUCCGUCAAUCAGCAUUUCGCAUCGACUUUUCGAUGCAGGUAUUCAAUUUAUUCCCUCCUUUUCCCGCCCAACCGCCAGGGCGCCCAGGAGAGCUUGCUCGCAGGUUUUAAGCUGUGCUAACUUUUCUCCUAUAAACAAUUUGGCUCGCUCUUCCGGGUCAACUCUGUUAAGGCGAGACAAUCCGCAGAGCAUACCGAGCGUUGUAUGGAUCGGGCAAAGGGAUAAACUUUUUCUCAUAUAAACGCUUGCUUGAGUUAAAUCGGCUGGGAUGGUGAUCCUUCUACCCGGGAUAGGUUUUCUCCGUAUAAAAAGAGCCUUAAUAUUGCCACAGAAGAAACAAUAAUAUUUCCUAUGAAUAAAGCAAUAUUUGCUCAAGAGACCCAAAACAGGAUUAGAAGGAAUUACUUUGACCAAUGACACCAGAAGGGAUAAUCACUUCCUUCAAAUUAAAACAAGUGUCACAAGACAUUUUAGGUUAUCAGAAAGCCUUGGAAAUGACACCCUUUGUAUUCUAAUUGACCCAGAGAAACCCUGCCCAGUUGUAUAAUUCAGUCUACCCAGUGAUAGCGAGUUCACAGACCCUCUAUUUUCUGCCACCUCUUUUAGCUAACUAAGAAGAAAAACCCAGUGGAAAAUAAGCAAACCAGGUGAUUUUUUGCUCCGAAAACCCUAGCCUGUGAAUAUAUAGAUCCAGCAUGGUCUGUUACAGAGGGGUGUGAAAUGCGUUUCCUUCUUGCAUAACCAAAGAAAUCGCGAAAUUGUUUUCGACACUUAUUAACUACAAGACCGAUCUGAAAAAAAAAAAAAAAACAUUACUUUUCAUCAGUUUCUCAAUCAGGACCGAUAGCCCUUGGUAUGGAAAGCGGAGCCAUUCCAGACGACAAGAUUACAGCUUCGACAUUUAAGACAGGCUACGAGGCGAGAAAGGCGAGGCUAAAUAGAAAUUCCUGUUGGAUGCCUCUGCAGGAUAGAAACACUGAAUACAUCAAGAUAAAUUUUACUUCCGUGACCAAUGUUAGUGCCAUAGCGACCCAAGGUGCGCCAAAUGACGGUUGCUGGGUGACAAGUUUCUCCUUGCAGUGGUUCGUUAAUAACCGCCUUGUGACGGAUCAAAAGGUACAAAAU